AUUAUGUUCGUAGGAUCAGAGUUGUCGAUGACCAUUCAGUCGUUCUCCCUCAAUCAGCAUGUCUGUCAUUAUAUCAUCCCGCUUUCGAACAAAUUUUUCAACUGGAUUCGAGAACGGUGAAUUGGUAGUUAAGUAUAGACAUUUAUGUUCUCCAGCCUUAACCAAAUCUCGAACUGCAAUUGGAGCAUGGAUGGGGAAUUGUCCGUUAUCAGAUAAUAGCCGUUGGUGUUGUUUUUAUGCGACACACCAAUAACAUUGCACAUUAUGCUAGUUAGUUUGCUGUACGCG